AAAAAUUUCUACAGGACCAAAGAGAUUGGUUUUUUUGUGCGCUAUGACGUCAUUAAAAAUUAAAAUCUCCUCUCCUCCACCUUCGCUUUACCGAUCGUGAAGUCCUACAAAGUCGUGAACAUUAGCGUAAAGUAUGAGUAAAUUGGCUGGAAAUGCAGAAGUGGACUUGGAAAAAUUCAAUAUAAUCUCAAUAUGUGACCAUGAAUAUGAAACAGAUAUCGAGGACGUAGCUUGGAAAAUAUUCAGUGGAGUAAAAGACGCAUCAAGGUCUGAAAGACGGAAUUAUCGUGAUAGAAUGAAAUUUAUUACAACAUCUUCAGAAUUUCAGUCCCAAGAAGACGCAGUCAGUGAGCUUAAAUCUCUUAUUUCAAACAAUUCUUCUCUGGAAGGUCAUAUUUCGACAAUGAUUCUUGCCUACAAAGAUGGAACUCAAAUUGUUGAAGAAACCUUCACGUUUCAACCAUUAUCAGACCUUCUACGUGAAUCAAUAAUGAUCGUGGCGAUUGAUGGAACUUCAAACUUAUCGGAUGAUUUGGCCAAGAUAUCUGUAAAUCUUCGGGCGCAGUCAGACAUAACAAGAAUGCAGGAAGAGUACAAAGUAAUUGGAGACAGAGGAAAACAAGCUCUCGAAGUCAGCUUCGGUGUAAAAGAAGAAAAACCAUGGACACAUAACGUGCUAUCUUCAAUAUCAAGUUCAAGCACCACUUCGUUAAACGUGAUUUCCUUUAUGCUUAAAACUGGAGCUUUAGCCUUUAUAUUAUCUCUUCUAGGCAUUAAACUGCCUAUUUAAUUGAAUACGCUUUGCGGUAACAAAAUACCU